AUGAAAACCAUUGCCCUCAUAUCCGGUGGCAAAGACAGCCUCAUCUCCGUGCUGUUGGCAAUGCGGUAUGGACAUACACCUGUCGUGGUGGCAAACAUCUGUCCUACAUGUAGAGAUGGACCUGAACAUGUGCAAGAGAUUGACUCUUACUCCUUUCAAACGGUGGGUCACGAGGCUGUAGAGUCUAUAGCCGGCUGUAUGGGACUACCUCUUCGCCGUGCGUACAUUCGCGCUGGUCAGUCAAAGGUGCAGGGGCUUUACUACACGAAGCAACGCGACGACGAGGAUGAGAUUGAAACGCUGUAUCGUCUGCUGCGCGCCGUUAAGGAGGAAUUUCCAGAGGUGGAAGGUGUCACCACGGGCGCUAUUUUGUCCCACUAUCAACGUUAUCGUGUGGAGGAUGUAUGUGACCGUCUAGGACUUCACUCGCUUGCGUUUCUUUGGCAGCGUCCUGCGGAGGAGGUUCUCGACAUAGCUGCCGCAUUACAGGUGCACGCGAUUCUUGUAAAGACAGCGUCUAUUGGACUCGACCCUAGAAUCCAUGUUGGUUUGUCAUUGGAGGAAGUGCGUCCUGCACUGGAGAAGGCGCAACGAUUGUACGGGACACACAGUGCGGGUGAGGGAGGCGAAUUUGAGACUAUUGUCUUGGACUGCCCCCUCUUCAGCGAGCAGUGCCUGGAGGUUGUGUCGCUUGAACGGGUUAUUGUGGAUGACAACGACUACUCUCCCUCUGGUUAUGCGCGCCUCAAGGUGAGGCGGCGGCGAAAGACAGCGGCAGAAAUGGCCUCGUGUAGAGAGCUGCUGCUGCGGCUUCCGACCCUGAUCUUUCCUUCGGACAGAAUGCUUCAUUUGCCACAUGUUGAUCAGUUUCUUAAAGAGUGCGCAGAAACGCUUGAAUGGAAAACACGCCCAAUGCCAUUCAGCACUGAUACAGAGUUUUGGGGCCGCAGCUGCUGCGACAUCUACGAGAGUGAAGUUUGUCAAACCGAGGACGAAGUAGAGACUUGCGUCAUGCAUGUCUUUCAACAAAUCGUCGAGGACAUGUUGGAAAAAAGUCGUGAAGUAUUCUUUAUGUUGGUGUUUGCUCCGUCGUUGCAGUCCUUUGAGGCUUUCUGUGAGGCGUUUGCUCGUUGCUUUCCCCAGCUUCAACUGCCUGGUUGUGCGUUUGUUGCGGCGUCGGACCGAAGGGGCUUUCAUCUGGAGGUGCUUUCUUAUUCUCGAGAGAGCAUUCAACGGGCGACACUGCAAGUACGAAGCAGUAGUUGCUGCGGACCCGUGUCUGUGGGCCCACAAUCUUUUGCUAACCGUGUUAAUCUCAACGCCGAACGCCGCGUGAUUGUGAGUGGCUGCAUUGGCUUGGUGCCUGUGGCACAACGUUUGGCGGUGACUGAGGACAUGCCGGAGUUGUUGAAUGUGUCGUUUUUACGCCUCUCACAGAUUAUUGGGUUAGAGGAGGGUGCGGUGAGAGCAUUUAUCGUCCAGUUUGCUUUUACGUACGCGAAUAGUGUGAUUGGGCUCACGCACUUUGGUGGUGGGGCCACAUUCGCCACGCAUGCAACUUUUUUCCUGAGAGACAUGCGAUUCGCACCGUUGGUGCCUUCCUUGUGGAGGUGGUGCACCGAUGACGAGACGAAGCUUUUGCCUUGGGGGGACUCGUGCGUGUGUGGUGAAGCGGGUGGUGUGUUGUGCCGCAUCUUUCACGCGACGCAGCUCCCAUUCUAUGCGGUGGUGGAACUUGUGCUGGAACGGCGCGAUUCUCUUUUAGAAGAGGAAUGA